ACUCUCGAGCAGCAGACAAUGCGGUUAUUUGCUCGCUUGUCAUUAGCGCACACGAUCUUUAAAAUUAGAAGACUAGACAAAACUCUGAAGAUGUGAACAAUCGUUCACUUUAAUCAUUUACAUACGCAUUUCGCUUUUUUGUACUCCAAGCGAUUGCAUUACUUUUGUACAGGAUUUUAAUGAAUUAUUUAUCGGAUUUUUUGCAAAGAUGAAAUUCCCAAUUGAAACCCCGAGGAAACAAGUUAACUGGGACCCCGAACAAGUGGCGGUCCAGAGCAACUUGGUACCUCCCAAGAAGGCCCAACCAGGCAUGGUGAAGUCCACCCUGGUCCAGGCCAGCGUGGCCACCAUGCAGAACCCAAUGGGCUGCGAGCCGAAAGCCAACGGCCACUGUGCCCUGCCUCGCCUGUCCAUCUCGUCGCGCUCGGCCAGCGUGGUGGCCAGCAUGGACGCCAGCUGCGACGGCUCGCUUGCGGCGCUACACUCGGUCAUGAAGUGGAAGACGGUGCUGGCCGUCUUCAUCGUGGUGGUCCUGUACUUGGUGUGCGGUGGUCUGGCUUUCAGGGCACUGGAGCAGCCGUUCGAGAGCGACCAAAAGACCAGCAUCACCCUGGAGAAGGCUUCCUUCCUAUCGAGACACCCAUGUGUUACCCCUGAUGAGCUAGAAGCUCUUAUCAAGCAUUCCAUCGAUGCCGUGAGUGCUGGUGUGAGUCCUUUAGGAGACACAUCCUACAACUCCAGUUACUGGGACCUGGGCAGCGCUUUCUUCUUCGCCGGAACUGUCAUCACUACCAUCGGUUAUGGAAACAUCGCUCCCAGUACAGAGGGCGGCAAGAUCUUUUGCAUCCUUUAUGCCAUUUUCGGCAUUCCUCUGUUUGGCUUCCUGUUGGCUGGGAUUGGAGAUCAGCUGGGCACCAUCUUUGUGAAAAGUAUUUUGAGAGUAGAGAAAAUCUUUAGGCAAAAACACAAACAGAUCAGCCAGACAAAGAUCCGGGUGACAUCAACCAUCCUCUUUAUUUUUGCUGGUUGCAUCGUCUUCGUCACUGUCCCGGCUGUCAUUUUUAAACACAUCGAGGGCUGGACUACGCUGGAGGCCAUCUACUUUGUUGUCAUCACUCUCACCACAGUGGGGAUCGGCGACUAUGUGGCUGGCGGAAACCGCAGGAUUGACUACAUGAAGUGGUACAAGCCACUGGUGUGGUUCUGGAUCCUGGUGGGCUUGGCUUAUUUUGCGGCUGUCCUCAGCAUGAUUGGAGACUGGCUUCGAGUGUUGUCAAAGAAAACCAAAGAAGAGGUUGGAGAAUUUAAAGCUCAUGCAGCUGAAUGGAAGGCGAACGUUCGUGCUGAAUUCAGGGAGACGCGGCGGCGUCUGAGCGUCGAGAUCCAUGACAAGUUGCAGCGGGCUGCCACCAUCCGAAGCAUGGAGCGCCGCCAGCUCGGCCUGGAGCAGCGGGCGCACUCUUUGGACAUGCUUUCCCCAGAGAAGAGGGCAGUUUUUGCCAGCCUAGAUGCUGGCCGUUUCAAGACUUCGUCCCAGGAGAGCAUCGACACCAAGCUGAACAACCUCCGCCUGAAAGGCGCAUGCGAGCCCUAUGAGCACCGCUGUGGCGAGCAGACGCAGCAGACGGCGUCCUCUUCGGAGGAGAACCUCUUCAACCUGCGCUUUGGCUCACUCACUAAGUUGGGCAGGCGCAGCAAGAACCGCGAGAUCCGGAGGAACAUCCCUGGGGACUCUCGACGGGCCAGCGUCAGCGUGAGCAACGGGAACGUUAUGGUUGAUGAAGAGCGGGGCGAAGGAGUGGAAGAAGAUGGUGAGCUAGAUGAGGAAAAUCAGGAGAGGAAAGAGAGGAACACUAGUUUGACAAACCUGUCUCAGUAUUCUAUGGAGCGCUCAAAGUUGAACGGACGUAUUCCAGAGCUAUCUAAACACCAGAACGAUUAGGUGUUCUCUGGAGAAUCUCUUCAGAUAAAGAGAUAUAAACUGUCAGCAGGAGUUCUUUUCACACAUCUUGAGGUCCUGCCUAAAAGAAUCAUGCCCCAUAGGUAAAAUUUAUGGACUCAAAGGAACGCUCCUACUUGUAAGGCUGCAGACAAAACUGUCUAAAUCUAGAGUGAUUAGCUGUUUGCUGAAAACAUUUAUCAGCCAGAGGGUUGACAUUCAGGAAUAGUACGCCGUGGGGGAAAUUUCUGGACUCCUAAGAACACUCUUAGCUCAAUAUACAUACAUACGGGAACUGUCCAAAACCAGAAUGAUUCCGUUUCCUCAAAAAACCCAUCAGACAGAGGGACAUGUAACGGAACAAGCCCACUUCUGCCCCUUGAGGUACAUUUUUAAAAGAAUUGUACUCCAUAGGAAUCAUUUCUAGACCCCUAGAAAAGCUCCUGGCACAGCGGAAAUGUUAAAAAACAGAACGACUAGUCACUAUUGACUGCAGUCACUGUUGACUGCAGUCAUGUCAGCUUGUGGACACAAGAGGUGUUUUAAAUUAAGCGGGUGAAUAGCCAAACUUUCUGGACUCCCUUGAAGCAUUCCACGUAGAACAGGUGCGGAUGUAUACCAGGACUGUCAAAAACUAGAAUGCUUAGCUACUUGCUGGGAAAACUCACCAAACCGAGGGAUAUAUUGUAGACUUUGAGUAGGAGUCUUUUAUUGUUCCUCAAAGUACAAUUCUAAGAUAAAUAUACACAAUUUGGAAAAUUAACUGGAAUCUAAAGCAAACUGAGGCCAAAGGGAACGUUUCCAGACCAGAAUUGUCAGAAAACUAUUUAUCAGAAAAAGUAAUCGAGACUUUCAAAAGGAGUCCACUUCUGCCUCUCAAAGUACAACCUAAAGCCCCUUUCACAUACACCUGAACACCGUUUAAAUCCCGGGAUUUAAACGGGCAGUCCUUGUAUGUUAAAGCAAUUUACGCGGACAUUUAUCAAGUCGCGUCUUCAUAUAACUUUCCCUGGAGGCGGUGUGCGGGAAAACAGGCAUUAAAUUCUCGGGUCACAGCACGAUGGCUGAUGACGUAAAUAUCAUGGCGGGCCAAUCGUCUUUGAAUUAAGACGAAAAGCGGUAAACGAACAUCCCAAUUAUCAACAUAGCAAGCUGGAAAUAGCUAAAUUAAACUGAAAACAUAACAAAAUUAAAUUGCUACACUAUCGUAGAGCCGAGGAAGAAAGUCCAUCGUCCAUCUUUGGAAAUGUGUGGUUUAUUUUGUUGCCGAUGUUAGGGUCCGCUACUGCGGAAACAAGGUUGUACUUCAAAGCGGAAAACAACGGAGGGACGCGUUCAAGAGUUUAAAACUAAAAUACAGUGGUACCUCGACAUACGAUUGCUUCGACACACGAUCUUUUCGACAUCCAACGUAAAAUUCGACUCGCUAUUUGUUUCUACAUCCGACGACGUGCUCGAAAUACGACGACAUGACAGCACCGCAGAAGGAUGCAUGGCUGACUUUUCUUGUGACAGAAAUCAACACAGGCUUUAAAAAGGUUGGUACAGGUGGUGAAACAAGGAAAAAGGUGACGCUUACCUUCUAAAUGAGGAUGCAAAUUAUAGAGAAAUAUGAGCGUGGGGUGCGCAUCCGUGAAAUGGCUCAACAAUACAUGUCCACAGUCCUCCUCCGACCACCGUUCGCCAGUCUUUAUAAGUUAAGUCGACAAUUAUUUUUGUGGUUACAUUGUCAAAGAAAUCGCCUGCUUUGUCAGGUUUUUAUCAUUUAUUUCAGAACUUAUCCAACACAAAACGCAAUUGACUGUGUACUCAGGAAAACAUUGAAAGUGAAAGUAAACUCAACCGCACUGUUCCGCUCUCUUGUCAUGUCAGUCACGCGGUGCGUUCAGGUCGUGCAAAAAUAAAUUUGAAACUCAAAAAAUGCAUUUGAAAGUUAUUUUUUUAUUACAUUUUUUCAUUUUUUUUUUGAUUGAAGUCAUUUUUUUUUUUUUUUUUGAUUGAAGUAAUGUUGUUUUG